AUGGAGAACCUGAAGAUACUUGAAAAAGAAAAUAACAUGCUCUGGAAUACCUUCCAUGAGAAGGACCUUGUGAAACAUGCUUGCCAAAAUAGCCUGAAGGAUCUACAGGUGGACUGUUUGGAUCCUUACCUGAUGCGUUGGCAUAUGGGUUUUAAGCAAUUGGAAAAAUGCAAAAGAGGAACGCUUGCCUCAGGAGAUAAAGUGUUUUCCAUUCAUUGGAGGUCAAAUUUCAACCAUAAACAAAUUGAGAGACUUUUGAACAAGCCUGAUUUACGAUACAAGCCAACAAAUAACCAGAUAGAGAGCUACCCAUUCCUCACUCAGGAGAAGCUGAUCAACUAUUGCCAUUCAAAACAUAUCUCUGUGACAGCCUAUCGCCCUCUUGGGGGCACAACUGAUGUCGUCAAUGAACCCAUUCUUAAGAAGAUUGCUGAAAAAUACAACAAAUCUGAAGCUCAGGUUUUGAUUCGAUUUCAGAUACAGAGAAAUAUGGCCGUAAUCCCCAAGUCUGUCACACCAAGUCAAAUAAAAGAGAACUUCCAGUUUAGUAUUGCUGGCUGGUAG